AUGGAUCUCUCCGCACUGUCCAGUCGCCUCCCUACGUCCCUGGUGGAUCUUCUCUCCAUUACUCUGGUCCUGCAUCAAACCACACCGUAUCUUCCCGUAUCCUCGCUUUGUGCUCUCUCGUCGACCUGCAAAGCUCUGUGCGACGUCAUCCGCCAAUCGCCCGAAGCUUUUCGAUAUCUCGACCUGUCGCCCGUCAAGUCCGCGAUUGUGCCCUUUGACGGCCCGCUCGAUGGCGGCGGUAUCAGCUGGCGUGCUGAGCGCAUGGAUGAGUCGCUGUCCGAGGACGACUUCUAUUCUGGACCGCUGCGCGGCAUCGUCCACAGACUCGAGAAGCAGCGCGUCCUCCGCAACGUACAUACUCUUGUGCUAGAUGGUCUGAGUGUGACGGCCGAAUUCGUCAAGGAGCUCAUAACCGAAGACCGAUACAAUGUCAGACUGCUGUCAAUCCGGGAAGUCAAGCACUUGAACGAGCGCAAGCUUCAACAGUAUCUCAGAUACGCGGUGCGUCCAUCAAGACCCGAACGUACUCCCAGGGUCAAGGGUAUCUACAUAUUUGGACCUCGCGAUCGACAAUGCGAGCCAGAGCCAACGCGCACGCCUUCUCCAACUGCCGCCCGUGGCGUCAUGUCUUCGCAAGGAGCUCAGAUUGGCGCGGAAUGGAACCAGAAAUCGUCAGACGCUCUCAGCAGUGCGUUAGCACGGACCACAGAUAGAUGGUAUCAGUCGUCUGGCAAGAUGAUGGGAAGGCGGCCUUCUCCAGAGUGGGCUGAGGUUGUUCAGGCGUGCGAGGGUCUCAUAUCUUUCGAUGCAGUUCUCUGCAGAGGACCACGUCAUGACCCAAGCAAGGCUUAUGUGAGAGAAGGUGCUGCCACCAGCACACCGCACCCGGGCUCAUUCCUCAGGCCAACAAUUGCCACCGUGGCGCUGGGUCCAGCUGGUUGCGAGACAUGUCACUCUUCGUCUGAGGGUCCAGUCAUCUUUGGUGAUUCACCCGCAUGCCAAUUCCCUCUUCUGAGUCCUGUACCACUCCAUGGAAGCACCAUCCGUGCGGCUAAGAUCCCACAAAUAAUCGAUGGAUCGGGUCCUCCGCGUCUGUAUAUGCGCUGCGAGGACUGUCUCAAGGGCCGUUGGUGCGAAAGAUGCCACAAGUGGUGGGAUGAGCGCUGCUAUGCCGGAUCGACCGUUGCGCAACGGACCGAACUCCAACAGACCGAGCUUGCAGAGACCUUGACAACAAACGGCACUACCUCUAUGAUCCCAAAGCAAACCAUCAAGAUUAUCGGAGUUCGACGUGACUGUUUUGGCUGUGGUCACACAUGUAUAAGCUGUAAGGAGCUUUUUAUUCGACAGUGUAAAAAAUGCCAGAAUGAAUACUGCCUCGAAGACAACGAUGCUUCGUCUGAUACCUUGUGUGAUUGGUGCAACUUCACCUCCCGGCGGACUGUGGAGAUGUACUAG